AUGGAGGGCCAUGUCGGAGACCAGCCCCGCGAAUUCUUCAUCAGGUUGUACAAGCCAGUGCACGGUCGCCUGCGUCUCCCCACUCUGUUCGCUCGAGAGAUGGAGCUCGACCCACCACAGGCCUUGAGGCUGCAUAUGAGGGGUUGCGGGAAUGGCAGCAUGCGGGUCGAGGUCGACUUCCCCGCCCCUCACGUCAUGUAUCUCCGCCGCGGGUGGAAAAUCUUCGCCCAUGCCCAUGGCCUGCCGGAAGGGCUCGUUCUCCACUUUGCAUUGACGGAGAGCGGCCUGCUCUCCAUCAAGGUCUUUGGGCGCUCGAGAACUCGCCUAAGGUGUUGUGUGUUGAGCUCCACUGACAACGAAACCUCCUCCUCGGGCGAGAGUGACGAGGUGGACAGCGACAGCGACGACGAGGGCAUCAAGCCGGAGGUAGCCGACUCUGACUGA